GCGCUCGGCGGCGGCGCAGCCAUUUCCGACGGGCUCAAAUCAGUGCUCGGGUGGCUCCUCUCCCGCGGGUCGGUAGCCCGCGUCUGCUGUCGCAGCCAUGGGAAAGAAGCACAAGAAACACAAAGCCGAGUGGCGUUCGUCCUACGAGGAUUACGCGGACGCGCCGCUGGAGAAGCCGCUAAAGCUGGUGCUCAAGGUCGGCGGCAGCGAGGUGACCGAGCUCUCGGGGUCCGGCCACGACUCCAGCUACUACGACGACAGAUCAGACCACGAGCGGGAGAGGCACCGGGAGAAGAAGAAGAAAAAGAAAAAGAAGGCGGAGAAAGAGAAGCACCUGGAUGAUGAGGAGAGGAGGAAGCGGAAGGAAGAAAAGAAGCGAAAGCGAGAGAAAGAGCACUGUGACACAGAAGGAGAGGCUGAAGACUUCGACCCUGGGAAGAAGGUGGAGGUGGAGCCGCCCCCAGACCGGCCAGUGCGAGCGUGCCGGACACAGCCAGCGGAGAACGAGAGCACACCCAUUCAGCAGCUCCUGGAGCACUUCCUCCGCCAGCUUCAGAGAAAAGAUCCUCAUGGAUUUUUUGCUUUUCCUGUGACGGAUGCGAUUGCUCCUGGGUAUUCAAUGAUAAUAAAACAUCCAAUGGACUUUGGCACAAUGAAAGACAAAAUUGUAGCUAAUGAGUACAAGUCAGUCACAGAAUUUAAGGCAGAUUUCAAACUGAUGUGUGAUAAUGCAAUGACCUACAAUAGACCAGACACUGUGUACUACAAGUUAGCCAAGAAGAUUCUCCACGCAGGCUUUAAGAUGAUGAGCAAAGAGCGGCUGUUAGCUCUGAAGCGCAGCAUGUCGUUUAUGCAGGACAUGGAUUUCUCUCAGCAGGCGGCUCUCUUGGGCAGCGAGGACACGGCCGUUGAGGAGCCUGUUCCUGAGGUUGUCCCAGUGCAAGUAGAAACUGCCAAGAAAUCCAAAAAGCCGAGUAGAGAAGUCAUCAGCUGCAUGUUUGAGCCAGAAGGAAAUGCCUGCAGCCUGACCGACAGCACUGCGGAGGAGCAUGUCCUGGCUCUGGUGGAACACGCAGCUGAUGAAGCACGAGACAGGAUCAACAGGUUCCUGCCAGGAGGCAAGAUGGGCUACCUGAGGAAGCUGGGAGAUGGGAGCUUGCUGUACAGUGUGGUGAAUGCAGCUGAGCCCGAUGCUGAUGAAGAGGAGACGCACCCUGUGGAUCUGAGCUCACUCUCCAGCAAGCUGCUCCCAGGCUUCACAACACUGGGCUUCAAAGAUGAGAGGAGAAACAAAGUCACAUUCCUCUCCAGUGCCAGCAGUGCCCUCUCCAUGCAGAAUAAUUGUGUGUUUGGUGACUUGAAGUCGGAUGAGAUGGAGCUGCUGUAUUCGGCCUAUGGAGACGAGACAGGUGUGCAGUGUGCGCUGAGCCUGCAGGAGUUUGUGAAAGAUGCUGGGAGCUACAGCAAGAAGAUAGUGGAUGAUCUCCUGGACCAGAUCACAGGUGGAGACCACUCACGGAUGCUCCUCCAGCUGAAGCAGCGGAGGAACGUGCCCCUGCGAGCUGCGGAUGAAGUGAAGGUUGGGGACUCUCUGGGAGACAGCAGUGGCUCUGUUCUGGAUUUCAUGUCAAUGAAGUCGUAUUCUGAUGUCUCCCUGGACAUCUCCAUGCUUAGCUCUCUGGGGAAGGUAAAGAAGGAGCUGGACCACGAUGAUGGCCACUUGAACCUGGAUGAGACAGCGAAGCUCCUGCAGGACCUGCAUGAAGCGCAGGCAGAGCGAGGUGGCUCCCGGCCGUCCUCCAACCUCAGCUCCCUGUCCAAUGCUUCUGAGAGGGAGCAGCACCCCUCAGGAAGCCCUUCUCACCUUAGUGUUGGGGAGCAGCAGGAUGUGACCCACGACCCUUACGAAUUCCUUCAGUCUCCAGAACCAGCAGCCUCUGUGAAGAACUAACUUACAAGUAGUCCUAAGUUUCUUGUGUUUUGUAGUUCGGUUUGCUUGUAAAGUCUGUCAUGAAAGACUUGUACCGUCACUUUGGCCUGCAGCUCUGCCCAAGGAGUGCUGGCCUGCCUGUACCAUCGUGCCUCGUAUCAGUCGCACAGAGACCCACUGUUGCUGCUGCAGCCAUCUGUGGGCGGAGAGCACAGCAGUGCAGCCUGCAGCCAGCCAUGCAGCUCCUUGGUGCCCCCAGCUUCAGCCACAUGGGCCCGUCUGCACGGAUGUGGACCACAGGCCUGGAGAGCUACCCAGGAGCUGAGGGACAGUCCAGUGGGCAGCCUACAUCUGUGCCCACCAUGCCUCAGGAGGGAGGUGUUACACUGGAAGACAGGCAUCAAUGGCCGUGGGAUCAGCGUCAAGUGCAACGAAGCGUCCGUACCUAGGUGUUUUUUUUGGAUGCCCGUGUGUGCCACAGACUGCUCUGGCCACAGAUGCCAAUAAAGUAGACACUCUGAGCUGGCAAGCA